UUAUCACGUACCUGAUGUCAUCGGUGGUUUCCCAGGACGUUGAUUUAUUAGAAACCUACUUUCGUUUUGAGAAUUUUGGAGGGGAACCCGAGGUCGGCUUUAAAAGCUUUCAUCCGAGCAAUGCGUUGUAUUUAGUGGGCAUAUUAUGGCCACAGAAGACUGUAGCAUUGAAAUUAUAGAAUAUAAAAGUUUAGAUUCUCUGGUAUCAAUUGAAUCAGAAGAAAGCGUCUCAGCCACAACACCAUUGACUGUCUCAGCAACGCCCUCUGUGUCAAAAGUUGCAGCAACACAGCCAAAAGCCAAGCCAAGAAAAAGCAAACCUACGCAUUUGUUAUACGCAACAGAAGACAGAAUGAGUCAGAUGGAUAUAGACGGAUUGAAAGAGACUCCCUGGAGAAAGACAUGCAACUGGAACAACAUGUUCGAGACUUUGGCUGAGCUGAAAGAUGAACUUGAGAAUUUUGAACCAAUGGGAGAUCUGCUAACAGGAGAAGUACAAUUUCCCCAAGUCAAUAUCCUGCUGUUUGGUGGGAUAGGUGCCGGAAAAUCCAGCGUUUUCAACACCAUCAAUUCUGUAUUUCGGGGAAAGAUUUUUAACGUAGCAAGAAGUGGCUUUUCAGAGCACAGUCUUACUACUAAGUUCACCAAAUAUCCAGUGAUGUCUGGAAGCAGCACAUUACCUAUGCCACUGAAGUUCCGAAUAUGUGACAUCCGAGGCUUAGAACAAGAACAUCUAAUGACAAAGGAAAAUAUGCGCUACAUUCUUGAAGGGUCUAUUGCAGACAGAUUUCCAUUUGAUCCAAGUGGAAAUAUUUCGGCUGACAUGCCUGGAUUUAAGAAACACCCUGACCUUGACGAGAAGAUUCACUGUGUUGCUCUUGUUCAAGAUGCAUCUAUCGUUGAUGCCAUGCAAGACCUGAGUCCAGAAGUAACCAAGAACAUUAAGGAAAUGCAGACGGUUAUGAACAGUUUAGAUAUACCACAAGUUGUUAUAUUGACAAAGAUUGACAGUAUCUGUGAGGCGACGAAACAGGACGCUGCAAAUGCCUUCAGAAGUCCCAAAGUGGAGAAAUGUGUAGGAAAGGUGUCGGAGGUUCUUGGACUCCCAAGAAACAUGGUAUUUCCUAUGAAGAACUACGAAAAUGAAUACCAACUUGACGCUAGCAUCGACACCAUGGCUCUCCUCACUCUUAAAGGCAUACUGAACAACUGUGACGCCCACCUCUUCAACCACUAUGAUGAGAUUGUAAAGAAAUACGCAGUGGCCGAGAGAAGAAAUCCGUGAACUAUGAAAUAUGAAGAAGUUGUACUUUAAAAUAAUAUGUCAUAUGAAUUUCCAUGAGUUAAAAUGAAUACUCAGAAACUAUUUAGAAUACAGUCAGAUACAAAUAUGUAUUAGCACCAUUGACAAACUCGAGUGUCCUGGCAUUGUCUGGUUCAAGGACAUUGUAGUAAUCAUCCAAACAAAUCGCCAUACAGUUCGAUUGCAGUUAAAAUUUGAACGUUUUAAUAAAACUCAGGGACCAACUUCAAACAGGAAAAGUCAUGUUCAAAGAAUGCAGCCACCCAUACUGUAUUCAGUAUGGAAAUGAGGUUGUAUAUCGUGUGUUUUACAUAUUUGCGACAUGUAUCACACUACACUACACCUUAUUACGAACGCAAGUGCAUUGAGUACUUGUAUGUACGUUUACAUGAAUCAUUCAAGCAUAUUUUAUGCCUUAUUUUUAAAAUACUUAGGUAUUUUAUGUGUGUGCGUACGUGCGUGCGUAUAUGUGUAUGUGAAAUGUAUCGUGACAUUUUCUUAUUAAUAGGCUAAAUGACGCUGUUCACCGUUUUAAAGCUAAGUUUCGCUCAGUAUAUUUAGCAAGAAUAUUGAUAUAUCUGAUAAGUAAGUUUAAUAAAUAUGAUAAAAACCUGUUCAAAUACCAACAUAUAUCAAUUUACAGAAAGAGCUGAAUACGGUGUGCCUAUCACAUGAAUAAGGGUGUGAUUAGAGUCUUCUGUGUAGAGAAGUGCCUUCCAGACCGCUGCUGUAAAUAUUUGUCGUAGAAUAAACGAAACAAAAUUGCACAUCUAGGAAACCUUUGUGAACAUUUUAAAGAGAACAUUUUAAAUUGUUGUCAAGUGUGGUGUUUGAUUUUGCUAUUUGCAAAAUGUUUGAUAGAUGAUAGAUGACACGAAUUGUAAACCUCAUAUACUUCUUGUCUUACUACAAUUAGCCGACAAUCUUUUUUAAAGAUUGUUCUUGUUUUUCACUCUCCUGAUUGUGCAACGCUAAGUGAAAUGUCAGACAAGGAGUGUUUAAUGACGCUGUUUACAGUUUUAAAGCUACGAUUCGCUCAGUAUAUUUAGCAAGAAUAUUGAUAUAUCUAAAAUGAUAAGUAAGUUUAAUAAAUAUAAUAGAAAUCUGUUGAAAUACCGAUAUGUAUCAGUUUACGGUCUGCGUAUCACAUGAAUGAAGGUGUCAUUAGUCAAUCGAUUAAUGUCUUCUAGGUAGAGAAGUGACUUCAAGACCACUGCUGUAAUUAUUCGACAUAGAAAAAAAAACGAAACAAUAUUGCACCGUUACGAGACCUUUGUGAAAAAUUAAAAGAAAACCAUUUAAAUUGUUUAA